AUUUACAACUUAGGCCCAUGAAACCCAACUACGCAGCCCUUAUUGUAGCCCCUUUCUAUAAAUAGCAUUUCACAUCCUAAAUCUAGGGUUUUUGUGGUAGAAAUUGAGCGGCAGCAACACACCUGAUUAUCGCAAUGGGAAGAAGACCUGCCAGAUGUUACCGCCAGAUCAAGAACAAGCCUUACCCAAAAUCCCGAUACUGUCGUGGUGUACCUGAUCCAAAGAUCAGGAUUUACGAUGUCGGCAUGAAGAAGAAAGGAGUCGAUGAGUUCCCCUUCUGUGUCCAUUUGGUAAGUUGGGAAAAGGAAAACGUCUCCAGUGAAGCACUCGAAGCAGCCCGUAUCGCGUGCAACAAGUACAUGACAAAGUUUGCAGGAAAAGACGCUUUCCAUUUGAGGGUCAGGGUUCAUCCGUUCCAUGUUCUUCGUAUCAACAAGAUGUUGUCGUGUGCUGGAGCUGAUAGGCUCCAAACCGGCAUGAGGGGUGCGUUUGGUAAGCCGCAGGGUGUUUGUGCUCGUGUUAGCAUCGGUCAAGUUCUUCUGUCGGUUAGAUGCAAAGAUGGUAAUGGUCAACAUGCUCAGGAGGCUCUUCGUCGUGCUAAGUUCAAGUUUCCGGGCCGUCAAAAGAUUAUUAUCAGCAGGAAGUGGGGAUUCACUAAGUUCAGCCGUACCGACUAUGUUCAGUGGAAGUCUGAAAACCGUAUUGUUUCUGAUGGUGUUAAUGCUAAGCUUUUGGGAUGCCAUGGUCCUCUUGCAAACCGUCAACCAGGAAGAGCUUUCUUAGAUGCAGUUGCUUAAGUAUGUUACUCUGUUCAUCAGAAACAUCCCGACAAGUGAACUUUGUAGUUGAGUUUUGCCUUGGAAACCUUAUCUUUUUGUCUUGUUUUUUCGCUAGAAUGACGUUUCUUUCAUCUCCUUCAGUUAUGGUUGGUUUACUUCUAUAUUCUGAUGGAAUGCAUUAUGUUUUGAACUUGAAUGCACUGUGUUUUGAUACAUUUACGCGUGAUCUUGAGGUUUGUUGUAGUUUA